ACCAUCGAACAAAUCAGAGUUAGUUGGUGCUUGGCGUAAAAGCGACACAUUGGCUAGAAAGAUCGUAGAUAAGUAGAUUCAGAUCGAUUGAUUAUUAGUAGCUUCCUUUCAGUGUGUUUGUCUAUAGUAACAGCGAGAGUGUUAGCAAGAUGGCAUUGGGAAGGCUCUCGAUUGUGCUGUUCUUAGCUGUUUCUGUUGGCAGCGUUUUUUCCCAAAGCGUUCCAGCAUGCAUCACACCUACUCGCCAGCAAGGAUUGUGUGUGCCAAUCGAGCGUUGUCGGAACAUUUACAAAAUUGUUAGGUCGCCUACUCCUCCUUCCAACGUGGUGUCGAGCUAUAUCAAUCGUUCUGCUUGUACACUACCUGAUGUCGAGCGAAGCGUUUGCUGCGUGCCAUCGGAAAUCCGCGACACAAGCUUACUACCAACGACAGAUUGUGGCAUAAGUGGUUACGACCGUUUAGAUGGAACCAAUUUGGCUCAUUUAUUCGAGUACCGCUGGAUGGUGCUGCUGCGUUAUAUGCGGAACGGUGAGCUGGUCGAUGGGUGCGGAGGAUCGCUGAUCAACAACCGCUACGUAUUGACGGCAGCACGCUGCGUGCAAACAUCGACCAAUUGGAAUGUCUCUAAAGUCCGUCUUGGUGAGCACGAUAGAUCUAAAGCACUGGAUUGCAAUAUCUAUCCAAACGAUCAUGCAGAAUGUGCCGAUCGUCCGAUCGAGGUUGACAUAGAAUCAACGAUCGUUCAUAGUGAGUACAACAGUUCGAUCCCGUACCGGCAUGACAUCGCUUUGGUUCGGAUGGCACAAGAAGUUGAAUUUAGUGAUUCCAUCCUUCCCAUUUGCUUACCGAACAGCGGGGAUGUUCAGAACAAAAAUCCAUCAGGAUACAUCCUGACCGGCUGGGGAACAACUGAACAGCAAACUCAGUCUGACAUUUUAAUGCAGAUAUUCUCAAAGCAUGUGCCCGUAGCAGAAUGCCAACAAAAACUGAAGGAAAAUGGACUCAGCAUCGACCUUUCCGAGGAGUUUCAAAUCUGUGCUCAAGGUGAGAAGCUGGUUGACGCUUGCCGGGGUGAUUCAGGAGGACCUUUGGGAUCUUACGCGAACCAGGGCGGUUGGGCCCGAUUCGUCCAGUACGGAAUUGUAUCAACUGUGGGAGAUUCUUGCGGGAAUCUAAGCGUUCCGGGAGUUUAUACUCGAGUUUCUAGCUACAUGAACUGGAUAGUGCAGAACAUGCAACCGUAAUUCUACGGUUUGCAAUAUUUUUAUAGAUUUUUCGACAAUGGAAAAUGGAUAAUCCAAUAAAUAUCGUUUAAUAAA